AUGCCUAGUCAUCCAGAGAACCCGUUGAUCUCGACAAAGCCCUCGGACUCGGGCCUCUCUGUCGCCCUCCAUCCUCUGGUCCUCCUCACCAUAUCCGACUAUGCUACAAGACAUGCAGCCCGACAGCAGCAGGGUCCUAUCGUCGGUGCGCUCCUAGGGCAGCAAGAAUCACAACAGAUCAGCUUGGAGUAUGCCUUCGAGUGUCAUACCAAAAAGGGCGACAAUGACGAAACCCUUCUCCAUUCGGCGUGGUUUGCAGACAGAUUACAGCAGUUCAAGGAUGUCCAUAAGUCCCCGAUGCUCGACUUAGUCGGAUGGUUUACCAUUACUCCUCCCUCUGGGCCUUCUCCAUCUCAGCUUGGCAUUCACCGACAAGUGCUUAAAGACUACAACGAAUCUGCCGUUUUCCUUGCCUUCCACCCUUCUCAGAUAGGACCGGAUUCCGAAAGUGGCGCCAAACUGCCUUUGACGAUAUACGAGAGUAUAUUUGAAGGAGAUAAUGCUGUUGACGCAGAUAGGGCCAUGCAACUGGAUGGCGAAGAACAGGGAAUACACAUUCGGUUCCGCGAGCUGCCAUACUCGAUAGAAACCAGUGAUGCUGAGAUGAUAAGUGUCGACUUUGUCGCUCGAGGCGGCGGUAACGCCAUGGCCAUCAAAGCGCCCUCAGAGUCAACAAAGAUAAGUUCCGAAGAAGCAGAUGCGAACAGAAAGAAAAAAGCCAAGAAAAACCCCCGGGAUGAGAAGGAGGACGAGGAGUCGGCGGCACUGUCGCCAGAAGACGAAGAUCUCAUCGCAAGUCUCUCGACUCGUCUCAAUGCCGUCAAGACACUUGAGUCUCGAAUACACCUUAUUAGAUCCUUCCUCGAGAACUUUCAGUCGGCGUCCCUGGAUAACGAUAAUACGGAGCAAACAGACAUAACAAGCACAAAGUCCUACCCAAUUCUCCGCAACAUCUCAUCUCUGAUUUCGGGCCUCUCGCUUCUUAGGCCACAAGACGCAAACGCAUUCGCCAUCGAGACCCUCGCACAGAAAAACGACGUUGCUUUGAUCUCCCUUCUCGGCCAGCUAGGUGACAACGUCCAACACAUGCGCGAGCUGGGCAAGAAAUCAAUGAUUACAGAAAGCGGCAAACAAAGUGGUGCCGCGGCUGGAGGACGCAAGGCUCAUUUAGCUUUACAUUCGAGAUUUGACGAGGAUCGUGAAAGCGUGUUUGCUAAUAUUACCAAUGGAGGGCUCCAGGUGAUGUAA